AUGAAUUAUGAAGGAAAUGGAUUAUUUGAAUUUUUAUUAAAUUAUUUUAAACUUUUUUCAAAUACAAUAACAGAAACAGAAAUAGAAACAACAACAACAAAUUUAAAUUCACAUGAAAUUAUAAAAUCUAUAGAAAUUUUAAAAAAAUAUUUAAAUUUUAUACCAUUUAAUAUAACAUUAGAGAUUAUUAAUAAUAUUAGUUUAGAAAAUGUUAAUGAAUUUUUAAAAGAUUUUAAUUUUUUUUCAAAUUUAAAUAGUAGUAUUAAUUAUUAUGAUCAAAAUUAUGAAAUUGUAAUAAAAUCAAUUUUUAAAUUUAAUGAAUCAUUAUUAUUAUUACUGGGUAAUGAUUUUAAAAUGUUUUUAAGUGAAAGUUAUAAAAGGAAAUUUAAUUUAAUUUUAAAAUUUGAAAAAAAAAAUUUUCAUUCAAUAAUUAUAAAUAAUGAAAAUAUAUUUUCAAAUAUUCAUUUAAAUCCAAUUAAAUUUAAUUUUUUUAAAUCAAUUUUAAAUUAUCUUUUAAAUUCAUUACCAAUUGGUAUAAUUAAUAAAUAUUUAUUACCAAUUUUUGAAAAUGAAUGUUUAAAUUCAAAAAUUUAUAAAAUUAAAUUAAAUAAUCAAUUAUUAAUAAAUAAUUCAAAUAAUGAAAAAGAAAUUAAUCAACUUAUAAAAUUAUUACCAAAAUAA